UUCAUGCUGUUUGACAUUGUUCCUGUCUUAUCAUGUCCACUAAAAACCCCACUUUUUUUAAUAACAGCUUUGAUGAGUUAUUGGGUUUACUCAGUAGUCGGUUGCAGCGAAUGGACACAUAUUUCCGCAACAGUAUACCCCCUGUGGAGCGACUAAUCAUCACACUGAGGUAUCUAUCAACCGGACAAUCGCUAGCAAGCCUACACUAUGCCUUUCGUGUAGGAAAAUCGACUGCAAUUUACAUCGUCCGUGACACCUGCUCUGCUAUUUGGGAAGUGUUGAAAGAUAUUGUAUUUAAGAAACCUUCAGCAGAGGAAUGGUCACAGAUCUCAGAAGUUUUCUGGCAACGCUGCAACUUCCCCAAUUGCGUUGGAGCGAUAGAUGGGAAACAUAUUCGGAUCGUAAAGCCCAUGGGUAGCGGAAGCCAGUAUUUUAAUUACAAAAAAUAUUUUUCUUUUGUUUUAAUGGCUGUGGCUGAUGCUAAUUACUGCUUCGGUUACAUUGAUAUUGGGUCGUAUGGCAGCAGCACUGACUCUACUAUAUAUGGUAAUUUGUCUUUUGGACACAUGCUGCGUACCAAUAGUCUGGACCUUCCAGAAUACAGUCCACUCCCGGGCACAAAUGGCCCUCCCCUACCCAGUGUUUUUGUGGGGGAUGAGGCCUUUGCUCUGGGUGAGCAUCUUCUACGGCCUUAUUCGGGGAACAAUCUAACUGAACAGAAGAGUGUGUUCAAUCAUCGGCUAACAAGAGCACGUCGAGUUGUCGAAUGUGCUUUUGGUAUUUUGGCAAACAAAUGGCGGGUCCUACACACUCCCAUUGUUCUAAAUAUGCAAAAUGCAGUCUGUGCUGUUAAAGCUGCAUGUGCCUUGCAUAACUUCAUAAGGCAGCGGGAUGGAUUUAAGUUUGAGGACCCAGUGCAUGAGAACAUGGAAAGAGCUCAUUGGACUGGUGUUCGUGGAAGCAGACAAAGUACACAUGUCAGGGAUCAAUUUGCGUCAUACUUUAUGUCUCCAGCAGGACAGGUCCCAUGGCAGCUUGAUGCAAUUGAAUAAUUUUACCUAAAUAAUUUUAUAUACUAUGCUGUACUGAAGAAUUAUUAAAAAUGAUUGAUGUAUUGAGAAGUUCAUGUUUUUUAUUUUUAUAUAUAUUUAUCUUUGGGUGCAGUAUCCAUACAAUAUUCACUAGGGGUCAGAGUGUGCCAUUACGUAUUAGUGACAUACUGACAAUUCUAUACUUAUACUCUUAUGCAUUAGGUCAGGGGUCUCCAAACUUUACGAACAAAGGGCCACUUUAUUGUCCUUCAGACAUUAGGAGGGCCAGAUUGGGGCCAGCAGGGAAAGAAAAAGUCACGGGCCCGGUAUCAGUGAAAACAUAUAUGGCCUCAGGGUUGGUGGUCAAUAGGAAGAGGAGUAUUCCCCCUAUUAGUAGGAGUAGUA